GAAGUCAAUCCAUUGAACAUAACUCCUUAUUCAAUUUCAGUCAACGGUUCAAUUAUAAACAUGACUACUUCAACUACAGCAUCAACAACAACAACAACAGCUACAACAACAACCACACCAACAACAAAACCCUUGACAUCUACAACUAAAGUGCCUGCAACUACAACUACACAAUUUGUACCUGUGUACAUAACAUCUCUGGUGUUCCGCUCUUUAGACAUAUUUAUAAUUGAUCUCAGUAAUCAAAGCUCUCAGGCCUUCAAGUCAAGAUCUGAGCUUGUCAGAUCUCAGCUUGAACCCAUCUACAGAGCAAGAUAUCCUUCCUUCAUCAGAGUGAUUGUCUUAAGUUUCCGUCCUGGGUCAGUCAUCACAGAAACCCAACUAGUUUUUAACUCCACACAAGUUCUUCCAACCGUUCAAGAGAUUUCAGAGUCCCUCAUGUCAGCAGUGGUAACAGGUGGUGUUGAUCCACUGAACAUAAUCCCUUCAACGGUUUCAGUCAAUGGUUCAGUUAUAAAUAUGACUGUAGCUGCAACUACAACAACAACUGCAGCUACAACUUCAGCUUCAAGUGGAUUGAAGAUUCAAUCCAGCCUAUUCCAAGCAACAUGGCUCAUUAUUAUGGCAAAAAUAUUACAACUUUUCCUAUAGAUCCCUUAACAAUGAAUGUGAGUUGCGAGAAAUGAAAGGCAUGUACAAGGCACAGAUUAUAUUAGCAAAUUAUAUUGUUUUUGUAUGUGUGUUUGUGUAUUGUGUUAUUUAGUAUUAUAGCACACUCUCAGCAUUGAUUC